AUGGCAGAAAACAUCCCAUUGACUACUCCGGGAGAAUCACCAUCACGCGACCCUUACGAUGUCAUUUUCGACAAUUCAGAUCCACCACCCCAACCACGAUUCCUGGGUGCGGCACUAAGAGAUUACAGGCCCAUCAGUGGACACAGUACCUACACCACUUCCAGUUCACUUCAUAGGAACAGCAGCGCUAUCGAUGAUUCGUAUGAGGUUGAUGUUUCCGCACCAUUCAUGCCCAAGGGGGAUUCAAACAACCUUGAGGAUGUGCCGAUUGCCGCGCAAUCCGGAAGUGCCCCUCCAGCCAACAGCUCCUCCAAGGAGUACGAUACCAAUGGCCCAUCUGAUUCGACAGACGCCGAUGAAGGCUUACCCAAGAAACGUCGGAACCGGUUGAUCGGCUGCAUCGCCAUAGCAGUCGGCAUAGCCGUCAUCCUCGCAGUCAUUCUCGGAAGCGUUUUAGGUACCCGGUCUGACAAAAAUGGUCUCGCGAAUGGCAUGCAAAGUGCUGCUGUAGCUAAAUCUGGCGGAUCGACAGGAAAGAGUAGUAAAUUAUGGGGAGUAGGUGGUGACACUAUUAAAACUGAGGAUGGACAUAGCUUUCUAUACAAUAACACACUCGGAGGGACUUGGGUUGCUGUUCCCUUCAAUGAUACAGCGAAAGCGCAAGGAGAUCAGCCUACUCUGGAACAAAAGUGGGACUACUCCGCCAAUCGAAUUCUCGGUGUCAACCUCGGCGGUUGGUUAGUGUUGGAGCCGUUUAUCGUCCCAUCUCUCUUCGAACCUUACGCCAACUCAGCAAACCCAGCGAUUGAUGAAUGGACACUCUGUCAAGCACUCGGUUCGAAAGCUGCAUCGACAAUUGAAAAUCAUUAUAAGACCUUCAUCACCGAGCAAGAUUUUGCUGAGAUAGCUUCGGCUGGCUUGAAUUGGGUAAGAUUGCCGGUAGGAUGGUGGAUGAUUGAGACGUGGGGAAAUGAGCCUUUCGUCGCAGGAGUCUCAUUCAAGUACUUCCUCAAAGCUAUCACGUGGGCUCGCAAGUAUGGUCUCAGAAUCAACCUCGAUUUACACGCGGUUCCAGGCUCACAGAACGGAUGGAAUCAUUCUGGAAAAUUUGGCACCAUCGGCUUCUUACACGGAGCCAUGGGGCUUGCUAAUGCUCAAAGAACGUUCAACUACAUUCGGACCCUCACCCAGUUUAUCAGCCAGUCACAAUAUGGAAACGUCGUGCCAAUGUUUUCGGUUUUGAAUGAGGCGCAAACUGGAAUUAUUGGUGCAAAUGCGAUGAGAACAUGGUACUACCAAGUCUAUCAAAUGUUGCGUACGAUUGGAGGUACUGGCGAAGGCAACGGUCCAUUCAUGGUGAUCCAUGAUGGCUUCUCAGGCGGUCCUGGAUGGACGGGCUUCUUACACGGCGCCGAUCGUCUCGGCCUCGACACGCAUUCUUAUUUUUGUUUUGGCGUCCAGAAUGCCGACAGUGUGCCCGUCAACUCCGCUAAACCAUGUCAACAAUGGGCCAGUCUGGCAAAUGCAACAAUGGCGGGAUUCGGAUUGAGCAUCACUGGAGAAUUUUCUCUAGCGAUCAACGAUUGUGGACUAUAUGUGAACAACGUUGGCUCCGGAACUCGGUAUGAGGGAACAUAUCCGACUGCUGCUCUGCCAGAUGGCCAAUAUAAACGUUUGGGGAGCUGCGAACAAUGGCUCGAUGACCGCCUGUGGACUCCCGGGAUGAAAAAUGCCUUUGCUGACCUGGCGCAGACGCAACAAGAUGUGAUGAGGAAUUCGUUCUUCUGGACCUGGAAGAUUGGAAAGUCAACCAAUCAAGCCAAUGUACCCAACCCAAUGUGGAAUUAUCAAAACGGGUUGCAAAAUGGUUACAUCAGACCUGAUGCACGUGUCAGCAACGGUCGCUGUGCAGCUGUUGUGGCCGACCAAGGUGGAACAUAUGCCCCAAGGAUCAUUGAAGGCGACUUGGAUUCAUGGCAAGUGGGCGGAGCAGGUGCCGGACAAAUCCUAGCGAGCGAGGUUCAAAAAUAUGGACAAUUCCCUCCAGACGCGAUCUCGGGUGGUCCCGGAGGGGCCAACUACCCCACGGCGGCUUUGCCCAGAUACGUCGCUGCCGGUACUCCUGUCACCCUUGUUCCAGCACCCGUCGCCACUGGCGCCAAUCAUAUAUCUGCUGGAACAGGCUGGAGCAAUCCUAAGGAUAAUACCAAAUGGUGGAUUGCUCAACCCGGUUGCCAAUAUCUCGACCCCUGGGGUGGUGUCGCCGCACCUGCACCAACUCCCAUCUGUGGAAUAUAG